AUGCCAACUGUCACAGAAAUACGAUCUUCGGACGAAUCAUCAUCUGGUGAACCUGACCAAACUAUUGGUCGAAUAGCAGCCUACAGUUCGGAAGCUGAUGACUAUAGUGUCUGGUUAAAACAAACCGUGGAUUGCGCCGUGUCACUCUUGGAAUCCCAUGCUGACAGUUCACUUGCUGAUGUUGACCUUCUGGCGUUUGCCCGAGGUUUGCGGUCUGGCAUCAUGACACCGGAGCAUGACACCUGUCGUUUCUGGACCUCUACGCCUCCGGGACGUUUUGACACACCUGGAAAACUGUAUCCCGACACCGCCAUCCGCCGAGCCAAAUACGCUAUCAUACAGACCCUAUACCACCAAAGUCGGAAAGAUGCGACGUCUGCUGUGCUCGAUGGAUCAUGGAAGGAUCCAUACAAAGGUAACUACGGCGUACCUCUGGACGCCGAGCGGUAUUUGAAACAGGUGCCCUCAGCUCCAAAACACGUGGAUAGCGGACCAACUUGCGUAGUAUGCCGUUCGAUCGAGUCAAUUACAGGACUGGAAGUUGGUCGUACUAUCCGUUUAAUAGACAAUUCGGUCUUAGGCCUGUAUGAGCUCACGCCCAAGAUGCUUCGCCGGUUCAAUGCUAACGCGCUCGCCAGGUAUUUCAACUUACUCUUAUUAUCUGGGGGUUGUCCCCCAAAUUUGUGUAGCGCCCGUUGUACUCUAGUUCCGGAGGUUCCCAAUCCGAUUUCACCGAAUCAACUGAGACUGAUCUCCUUGACAUCCAUUCUUGUUCCAUUCUUGCAGGUGCCUGCUGAUCGCUGGAGUCGUAGAUUGCAAGUGCCCUCACUUCAGUUUGCACUUCUGCAUCGAGACGGCUGUUUGGAAGCCACAUCGCUGUUGCAUGCCCUGCUUCGUCACUCUUCAGCGACUGCUUCUAAACUCAGCUUGGCGUUUGUUGAUAUCUUUAAAGCGUUUGAUUCGGUUUUGCAUGACACAAUCGUCAGAUCUGCCGAGACGUUUGGAGCACCGUCACCUUUAGUUCGCUACAUCGCAAAGUCUUAUUUGAAUGCUGUAGCAGUUUUCCGAGGUUCACUGCCACAGAGGUGUGAGGCAAGGGGAUCCACUCUCCCCAUUAUUAUUCAUUAUGAUAAUGGAUGA